AGUUUAGCGGGUGCUACAAGUUCCGAGGAGCAGUGUCACCUACGGUAUGCCUCAGAUAACUUCAGCAGUCGCGUCGUUCUUAACGCUAUCUUAUCAUCCUAAUAACAAGGGAGAAAGAAAUACGGAUGUGUGUUUAUUUUUGUCAUUUGAAGACGCGGUAUAUUUUUUUAACGGCUUUAGUAUUCCGUGCACUGGAGAACUACGGGGAGAGUGGCACCCGUGAUCUGUAACAAUUCAUCUGAAAGAGUAGAGUAAAAGAGAUGGAGGACUCAGAAUGCCUAGCUCUGAAAGAUCUCACCCCAAGGAAGAUAAAAAUGGACUUGGUGUCUGAGAGCAAGCAGGAGCAGAAGGAAAACAUAUGCAGUGAACGCACAAUAUUGACCCCACUGAAAGGAGAUGUGUCAGGUUUUUUGGCUAGGCCAAAGGCCUUCACCCCUGAAAGAGUACAUAUUACACCAGUGAAGCAAACGGACAGACCUCAGGGAGACCCCUGGACUCCAACAGCUAAUCUAAAGAUGCUCAUCAGUGCUGCAAGCCCAGACAUUAGGGACAGGGAAAUGAAGAAGAGUCUCUUUCGUCCCAUUGAAAACGAGAAGGAUGCCACCUUUGACACUUGCCAGUUUGACAACAUAGAUGACUGCACAGCUGACGAGUUUGAAAAGCAGCGGCCCAGCAGGAAACUAAAAAGCUUGGGUCUGUUAUGUCAGAAAUUUCUGGCUCUAUAUCCAGAUUACCCCAUCUCAACAGAGAAGACCACAAUCUCUUUAGAUGAAGUUGCAGCAAAUCUUGGAGUGGAACGCAGGCGAAUCUAUGACAUUGUAAAUGUCCUGGAGUCCCUCUUGCUGGUAAGCCGUGUUGCCAAGAACCAGUAUUGCUGGCACGGACGGCACAAACUGAGCCAGACUUUGGAGACUCUUCACAAUAUGGGCAAGAGGCAAAGGUAUGGGGAACAGAUGGCACAGAUACAAGAGAAGGAAUUAAAAUCAAGAGACCCGAGAAAAGAUGGCUGCCUUUCUGAGCCUCACGAGGAACUGACAGAUGAUCUGGAGCUAGAUGCAGAAAUGACUACAGGUUCUUCUUGCAAGAGAAAAGAUAAAUCCUUGCGAAUCAUGAGCCAAAAGUUUGUAAUGUUGUUCCUUGUGUCCAAGACCAAGAUUGUCACACUUGAUGUCGCAGCUAAAAUCCUCAUUGAAGAGAGCCAGGAUGCUUCUGACCAAAGCAAAUUCAAAACAAAAGUCCGAAGGCUGUAUGACAUAGCAAAUGUCUUGACUAGCCUGGGUCUCAUCAAGAAGAUCCAUGUGACUGAAGAAAGAGGCCGUAAACCUGCUUUUAAAUGGAUUGGGCCUGGAGAUUUCAGAAGCAGCAGUGAUAUUCCUAAGUCAGCUGCCAUUUUAGAUAAUGGGUCUGCAGUCUUUGAAGAACGUCUAGACACCGGACCCCAGCUAGCAUCGUGUGGUAAACAGAAAAUGGCACGCCAUAGCUCCUUCAAUGUGAUCCCAACAACCACAGUCAUCCAGCGGAGAGUCAACUCUGCACCCAGCAGCCCUCACCAAGCUAAAGCUUUAUCUCCAGAGAACGACAGCUGCCGGCAGAAAGUGCCAAAUGUAACAGCAGUGUGUAAAUUGAAGUUUGAGGACAACAUGAUAAAUAAACAUGCAGCUAGACCACUGAAUCUCACACCAGGUAGGUGUGAGUUACCAGCUGUAAGCGCUUUAAACUAUUCUACGGCUGUACCAAGUUUUGGCCACCCCUUGCCUAAGACUGAUCUCCUCUACUCUGCACUAUAUCCAAAUGGGGUGAUGAGAUGUCCACCCACUGUUUCAACUGGCUUGCUCACUCAGCCGACAGAUUCAGCUCCAUUCAGCACCCAGUCUUCUCUUGUGUACUUUUCCAGCCUGCCACCCUCUCCAAUUUUCAUGGUGUGUGGCAAAGGUGCUCCACAAUCUGCUUACCCCAGAGUUGAGGGUCCGAGGUCUCCCACAUAUACUGAAGCCGAAGCACAUUUGAAGAGUGGAGUUUUAAAAAGGAUCCUGAUAGAGGAACAGGAGCAAGAAAAGGAACAGACCUCAAAGAAACAAAAGAUUGAUAAGGCUCACCCUGGUGCUCCACAAAAUAGGUGCUUAAAUGAAAGAAGUGGCAAUAUUCUAACCCAACACAUUCCAAAUGCAUCACCUGAGAUGACUACAACAGCAGAAUCCCAACUGUGUGGCUCUUCCCCAGCAAGAGGUCAGUCCUCUCCAGACAAAGCACAUAACGGCAGGACAUUAAAGUGUACAGAAGGAGAGGAGGAGGAGGAAAAGGAUGGAGACCAGCUCAGUCCCAGUCGUCACCUUCCAGCUUCUCACUAUCUAUGUGUGCCAUCUGCAGCAGGUCUGAAUGGGCUCAACUUCUUAGUUCCUGCCAGUCAUGCUGGCAGCGGCCUUGCCCUCUCUCCAAGUCGCUUGGCCUCUGUUGCUGUUCCAUGUGUGGUUCUUCCCUCCACGGCACUAUCUUCUUUCCCUGUCAUUGGUGGCACCCUUCCUGGAAAUGAUACCGGCUCAGUUAACCUGAAGAUUUCCUCCGCACACUUUCUGUUUGGAGCUCAGCCGGUUGUAAGCUCGAGGUCUCCAGACCGGCCUGCCUGUCAAGACAUUCCUGCAGCUUAUACUGGGAAUCUUCAACCAGAACCAGACAGCUCCUGUGGUGCUGACAAUCCAAAGUCUCCAGAGAGUAUGGGCCGGUCAUUUGUUUUCCCUCGAAUGCAUCAUGAGCCUGGAACUCCUCUCACACCUAAAGAAGUCUCAUCCUCUUCAGAGACCUUCUUCCAAACACCGAGCACCACUGGCACAGCCAUUAAUAGUGCCACCCGGAAACGCUUUGCCAGAGCACCAAACAGGACAGGCAGCUGUGCACAGAGAAGACUUGAAAUUGGGAGCCAUGCAGUGAACUGAGCCACCUUAAAGAUUUUAACUCUCUUGAAUUGGGUUUCUUUGUCAUUUUAAGGGUAUUACUGGAUACCCUUUGGCUCAGCUGACUUUUUCUCUGCCUAAGGAAUCGCUUAUUGCCGCUUCAGUGAAUAGCUGUACUAAGCAUUUACUUUGCAAACUGAGCCUUGUUUUUAUUUUUUUCAUUUCCAGAUGUUUAUUCCAUCUGCCAGCCUCUUGAUUGCUGCAGAGUUCUUUGAAAAAGAUUUGAUCUGCAGUGACACGGGAAGUUGCUGAUCAGGAACUAGCGUCAAAAGCAUUAUGUUAAUAUGGGCUUCUUUAUGCAACUGCAUAUUGGACAAAUGUUUCUCCAUUUAGCCCAAGCAUUGACUUACUAAAAAAAAAAAAAGAAAAGUUUACAUUUUUUUACUGGAGGAUUGACAGCAAAUUAUUAUUUUGCAAACCUUUCCUUUUUGUGUCCUGUAUUCUGACUUUUAUUUAACUGGACCAAAAUCUAAAUGAAAUGACUACCGCGGAAAGAAGAAAAAAAUGUCAUAAUGUGUGUUGGACUCUGAUAGCUAAGAAACUAAGUAAUGAUGCGGUCCCACCACCAAAGCCUAGUGGCCAUGAUAUUUUAUUUAUUGAGUAUUGGAUUGUGAGAGGAAAAACCACAGUAUGGUGGGUGAAGUUGUAGGAGAUGCCAAGAGAAAGCACUUGGGCUUCAGCGGUCACCAGCAUGGCUGGUCUGUGAUAUCCCGUGACAAACAGAUGCAAUAAUAAUCCGAGAUUUGUGUAAAGCUAAAAUGUGUGCAUUUUACUUAAGCCAAAUAUGAGGACAGAUCAAAAAGUAACAAGCAAAUGCCAAGUUUCAUCGGCAGAGGGUUACCAUGUUGGCUUCACUUUCAGAAUACACUGCUGGUAUCAGAUUUGUGGGUGGGUUGUUAAUGACCUCAAAGAGACAACCCCUCACAGAAUAGUAGACUGGCAUGUUCAUCAAACAGGUCUAAGAAUAUAUAGAAGUAUUUCAAAGUGAUAGAUCAAGGCUAUCCUACAACUUUAAAAAUGGUAAAUCAUAUUGGUCAAUGAAAACAUUUUUAUUUGACAGCACUAAGUGGCAUAAUGUGCCAAGUGUUUAUAGAAGCAUAAAGGUUGAAAAGCAAUAGUAAAAUUUUUUUAAUUUGUAAUUUUUAUUGAUCUAAAAAAAAGAAAAAAAAAAAGUUGCCUUUUACUUUUUGAUUUGCCCUUGAGCAUCAGUCAGCUCAGGGUUGGCAAAUUUUCCUAGUGUAAAGGAGAUACGUAUGACACUAAGGUUUUCCAAAGCACCAUGACUGUUAUAUGUUAAAAUAAUAUAUAUAAAAUCAUUCACAGAGCUCAAGGUAGGGAAAAGUAAGAAGACUAAAAAUUUUGCAUCUAUCAUGGACCCUGGGGUCCUUGCAGUCUUAACCUCUGAUCCUGCAGUUUGGGCACCAGCAGACUGGUUAUGCUUGUUAUGUGUCAUAAAGCGCUGUGAACUUUUUAAUUAGCACUUCUCCUAAUUAAAAGGCCCUAGGAAUGUGCAUUUUGCUUUUGUUUUUUAGUUCAGUAGAUGAAUGUUAAACCAAAAUCCAUAAAAAGGGUAAUUACUUUGCUAACAGAAUAAAUCUGGACCAUGAAGUAAAGACAAAGGUACUUUAGCAAAGGAUAUGGGGAAAGGUUUUAGUAAUAUUUAGUACAUUGCUUGUAUUUAUUUAUUUUAGAGCUGAAAAAAAAAUUUAGAUUAAGUACUUGAAAGUAUCUUGUUUACACAUCUAGUGAUGCUCAAGGUAUGGUUCUAGUGUCACUGUUUUGUACUGUACUAUUAUAAAGGAAAAAAAAUGCAGACGUCCACUGGGACAGAAUACAAAAUUAAAUAUUUGUUUUGGGGGGGGGGGGGGACGCAAAACUGAGGCUAAGAAUAAAAUUUAAUGGCACGUCAUCCAAUUGUUGUUCAUUAUGUGCUUACAACCUUUGGAUCUGUGAUGGACUUUUUCUAUGUGGGUUAGCUUAAAGAAAAGAAUGAUUUAGAAAGGAGGAAUGUAAAGAAUUGCUUUUUUUCAGCUUGGGGAAUGUGUUUGUGUAUUUGAAUAAUUUAAAAUUAUGCAAUCUUGUUAAUAAUGAAUUCAUGCAUUUUGAGAGACCCAUUGAGAAAGCAGGGUAGAAGGAAGGUCAUUCCUUUUGGUGUCCCUUAUCCAGUGACUAGACUAGUUAGGUAGGUCAUUUUGGAAAUUCCCAUUUUGGUUACAACCAAAACAGCUGCACGGAGCCAAAAGGGAAUUGUUCAGUAUAUUGGGUUCUUACUGCUGUGGGUUGCCGCACUCCCAAGGUUGGAAUCUUUAGCUCCAUACUAUCUGAAGUGAGGGGCAGUGAGACUGACAAAACAGCCAAGCCUGCUGUGUAAUAUGACAGCCUCACCAUUUCAGUUAGAAGUCCAAAGCCUGUUUUCUCACUCGAUCAAGUGGAGUUCCCUUAUAACUAAACUGGGAACAGUGAUGCUUUGUGACUCCGUGUUACCAGCUAGGCUCGCUGUGUGAGGAUAUGAAACAGAGGGGGACAGUGGGGUAUGAGCUAGCACUCACACUUAUCAGAAUAAGCUACAAAAUGGUCUUUAAAGUUAAGGAAGGGUUUUCUUAGCCUGAGUUGAUCAUAUCGUAUUAACCAACAAGGGGCAGAAGCCCCUGUUCACACCUGCUCACCCAAAAUCGAAUUACAGCUACUGAACAUCUCAUUAAAAAUGAGUGAAAGCUGUCGUCACAAUCACUAAGUUUGUUACAAGUUGAUUCUCUAAGAAACACUGCUCUGUUCACACAGCAUUCUGUUUUAAAUCCUAUAUCACAGACAGCGAAAUGAAAUUGGCUUACCUCCCCUACAUCAAGGCCAAAUGUAAUCUUAAGCUCUUUUAUAACAUUAGUUCUGCUUCGGAUUGUAACCCACCACUUCAUUCAUCAUGAAUGUUGAACGCAUCAGGGUAGACUGGAGUCCAUUUUUGUAAUUAUUGUAGGUUGAUCUGUGGCUAAAUGCCUUAAAUUUAAAAAGCAAUUACAUGGAAUCUAACCUUUUAUUUUGUUUAAGGUUUAUUAUGUCUUUUUCUGUUACCCUAAUCCUAAUUUCUAGCAGCAGGUGGGAUGAUCUGUGUACAGAUGGUAAUCGGAACCUGUUCAUGUUAAAAUCAUUUUAUAUAUGACAAAUUUAAUGAAGGUAUUCUGUUCAUCAGGUGCUUCUCCUUAGCCUCUUCAUGCGGCCUUAGUGUAGAAUUAAGCUGCUGUGCUCUUGUAAAUACCAACUCUGGUAGUUACAGGGUCUCUAAAAAGGCAUGGCUGGAGUGCUAGUGUGAAAACGCCAAAAGAUGUUGGAGAUGUGCACACUGAUGAUGAUUUUUACAUGUGAAUUAUCUUGGAUGAUUCAGAACAACAGUCUUCUAGAGUCUGCAUCACUGAUGCUCGUACAAUUCCAGUGCUUAUCAGCAGUUGGUUAUAUUCUUAUUGAUAAAAUCAACCAUGCAUUGCCAAAGUGAUAUUGAUUAUAAUUAUCCCAUUUUGUAUCUUUUAUGAAAGACAAAGAUUGAGAAGGGGAUGAAAGCCCUUCACUGCAUGCACUUGUUUCUACCCAGUCUUGCAUCUCCCCCACAACACUCCAUGCUGUCUUUAUAGCCGGUUCUUAACCACACUCGAUGAUCAAUGCUGGCUAAGAAAACCUUCUCAGAAACCAAUUCAAGCACUAAAAGGCUUCUGAGCCCUAUGUGUCAGAAUGCGCUAUCUAAAGCAGCGUCUUGUCUGGGGUUCAGUCAUGUUUACAUCCCCUCUCUUUCUACUUGAACACAUUGCAGAAGUAUCUCUUAGUCAUCUUAGCUCGGGAUUUCAUACAAAAUCUGUUCAGAUUCAUCAGGCAAUCUGACCUGCGGUGCAAACACCCAAACUUCAUUCUAGUUGAAUGUAACCCAAAUAAAUUUGGAAACCAACACACAAAGCCUUGAUAGAACUUGAAUUCUGUGCCUACCAUAUUACAUGUAGUAUUAUGGAGUUGUUUUUUAAAUUAAUUAUUUUGUGAAUACUCUAUAUACCACAGUAGUUUGUACUGUUGGGCUUCUUAUAUCUUUUUAAUAUAUUAAUAUGUAUAAAUUUCUUUAUUAGCUGAUGUUUUACAUGUGCACCAAGCAAAGUGCAGGGUAUAUUUGUACAGUGUUGUAUAUGUGACUCUUGCUAGUUUUUAUAUCGUAUUUAAAAUGAGUUCAUUUUGAAAAGGUGCUACCAUAUGUUACAACUGCUAGAUUUUUUUAAAUUCAUUAUUUAAUGCCAUUAUUAUUCUUGUCAAUGCACUGUUUAAAUUUAGUUAUUCUUUUCUAUUCUAU